AUUGUCAGAGACUGCGGACAUACUGCAGGUGAUGGUCAUAGAUUGUGGACAUACUACAGGAGAUUGUCAGAGACUGCGGACAUACUGCAGGUGAUGGUCAGAGACUGCGGACAUACUGCAGGUGAUUGUCAGAGAUUGUGGACAUACUACAGGUGAUGGUCAGAGACUGCGGACAUACUGCAGGUGAUUGUCAGAGAUUGCGGACAUACUACAGGUGAUGGUCAGAGACUGCGGACAUACUACAGGUGAUGGUCAGAGACUGCGGACAUACUGCAGGUGAU